ACACUCGCCUUCGCUUCGAAUUUUCUGGUUCUCUUCUACAGCGCUCGCUAGUAGGCAGAGCUAGACACACUGUCUUUUUAACUCUAAAACCCUAAAACCACAAAACAAACAUUUUUGCGAAAUCAAACAUUAAAUCCGAAGCUAUAUGCACAGAUCUGCUGCUCUCUCUGUUCUCAUAAUCACUUCUUAAACCAUGUGGAACAGCAACGCUGGAGAACCGCCGAUAAUGCCGCCGGGAACCGGCGGUCCUUCCAUACCACCGCCUCAGAUGCCGGCGCAACCUUCUUACACAGUCCUUGCGCCGCAAGGACAAGCGCCACCGCCUCAGACGCCGGCAGAUGCGGAGGCGAGGUUAGAAGAGAAGGCAAGGAAAUGGCAGCAGCUUAAUACGAAGAGGUAUAGUGAUAAGAGGAAGUUUGGAUUCGUUGAGACUCAGAAGGAGGAUAUGCCGCCCGAACAUGCCAGGAAGAUCAUAAGAGAUCAUGGGGACAUGUCCUCUAAGAAAUAUCGUCAUGAUAAACGUGUGUAUCUCGGGGCCCUUAAAUUCAUUCCUCAUGCUGUUUAUAAGCUUCUUGAAAAUAUGCCUAUGCCAUGGGAGCAGGUUCGUGAUGUGAAGGUUCUGUAUCAUAUAACUGGAGCUAUCACUUUUGUAAAUGAAAUUCCAUGGGUUGUUGAGCCUAUUUACUUAGCUCAGUGGGGUUCAAUGUGGAUCAUGAUGCGAAGAGAGAAGAGGGAUCGACGGCAUUUUAAGAGGAUGAGGUUUCCACCAUUUGAUGAUGAGGAACCUCCAUUGGACUAUGCGGACAAUUUGUUAGACGUUGAUCCUUUAGAGCCUAUUCAACUAGAGUUGGAUGAAGAAGAAGAUUCUGCAGUGUACACCUGGUUUUAUGAUCACAAGCCCCUUGUGAAAACAAAGCUUAUUAAUGGUCCAAGCUACAGGAAAUGGCAUCUCUCUCUUCCCAUUAUGGCAACUCUUCACCGGUUGGCAGGGCAGCUCCUCUCUGAUCUAAUUGACCGCAAUUAUUUUUACCUAUUUGACAUGGAGUCCUUCUUCACAGCAAAAGCUUUGAACAUGUGUAUUCCUGGUGGGCCCAAGUUUGAACCUUUAUAUCGUGAUAUGGAGAAGGGGGAUGAAGAUUGGAAUGAGUUUAAUGAUAUAAACAAACUCAUCAUUCGGUCACCUCUUAGGACAGAGUAUAGAAUUGCAUUUCCUCAUCUAUAUAACAACAGGCCCAGGAAAGUGAAACUUUGUGUGUAUCACACACCCAUGAUCAUGUACAUUAAAGCUGAGGAUCCGGAUUUACCCGCUUUCUAUUAUGAUCCACUGAUACAUCCUAUAACCUCCACGAACAAGGAACGUCGUGAAAAGAAGGUUCAUGAUGACGAUGACGAUGAAGAUUUCCUUUUACCUGAAGGAGUGGAACCUUUUUUGCAAGAUACUCAGCUUUAUACAGAUACCACAGCUGCUGGCAUUUCAUUGUUACUUGCACCACGGCCUUUUAACAUGAGAUCUGGUCGGAUGCGACGCGCAGAAGAUAUACCCCUUGUAUCGGAGUGGUAUAAGGAGCAUUGUCCACCGUCAUAUCCAGUAAAAGUUAGAGUCAGCUAUCAAAAACUGCUGAAAUGUUUUGUUUUGAAUGAGCUGCAUCAUCGACCACCUAAAGCGCAAAAGAAAAAGCACCUGUUUCGCUCUCUAGGUGCAACCAAGUUCUUCCAGACCACAGAACUUGAUUGGGCUGAAGCAGGAUUGCAAGUUUGUAAGCAGGGUUAUAACAUGCUGAAUCUGUUGAUACAUAGGAAAAAUUUGAAUUACCUUCAUCUUGAUUAUAAUUUCAACUUGAAGCCUGUUAAAACCUUAACUACAAAGGAACGCAAGAAGUCACGAUUUGGCAAUGCUUUUCAUCUAUGCCGUGAGAUCUUGCGUUUGACGAAGCUUGUAGUUGAUGCCAAUAUUCAGUUCCGAUUGGGUAAUGUUGAUGCCUUCCAACUUGCUGAUGGUCUGCAAUAUAUUUUCUCUCAUGUUGGCCAGUUGACUGGCAUGUACCGUUACAAAUAUAGGCUGAUGCGACAGAUUAGAAUGUGCAAGGAUCUGAAGCAUUUGAUAUAUUACCGCUUCAAUACUGGUCCAGUGGGAAAAGGACCUGGCUGUGGAUUCUGGGCACCAAUGUGGAGGGUGUGGCUAUUUUUCCUCCGUGGGAUUGUGCCUCUUCUAGAACGGUGGUUAGGGAAUCUUCUUGCUCGCCAGUUUGAAGGGCGUCACUCAAAAGGAACUGCUAAGACAGUGACAAAGCAACGUGUGGAAAGUCAUUUUGACUUGGAGCUUCGUGCUGCUGUCAUGCACGAUGUUCUUGAUGCCAUGCCAGGUGAUAACUUUUUACAUUUGAUUCUUUACUUUGAUGUUUGUUGUGUUUUAUAUCUGUACUUAACGUGUAGUAAUAAAAUUUCAGAGGGCAUCAAACAGAAUAAAGCUAGAACCAUAUUGCAGCAUCUUAGUGAGGCUUGGCGUUGUUGGAAGGCGAACAUUCCAUGGAAAGUGCCUGGAUUGCCAGUUCCUAUUGAAAACAUGAUUCUUCGUUAUGUGAAAUCUAAAGCAGAUUGGUGGACAAAUGUUGCUCACUAUAAUCGUGAGCGUAUAAGAAGAGGUGCGACGGUUGAUAAGACAGUUUGUAGGAAGAAUCUAGGAAGGUUGACUCGCCUUUGGCUAAAGGCAGAACAGGAACGUCAGCACAAUUACUUGAAAGAUGGUCCAUAUGUUACCCCGGAGGAAGCAGUUGCCAUUUACACCACAACAGUGCAUUGGCUGGAAUCCAGAAAGUUCUCUCCUAUUCCAUUUCCUCCGUUAUCAUACAAGCAUGACACCAAGCUACUCAUACUUGCUUUGGAAAGAUUGAAAGAAUCAUAUAGUGUAGCUGUGAGAUUAAACCAACUACAGAGGGAAGAGCUAGGCCUUAUUGAACAAGCUUAUGAUAAUCCACAUGAGGCUCUAUCCAGGAUUAAGCGUCAUCUGCUUACGCAACGUGCAUUUAAAGAAGUCGGCAUAGAGUUCAUGGAUUUAUAUAGUUCUUUGAUUCCAGUAUAUGAAAUAGAACCUCUUGAAAAAAUAACAGAUGCUUACCUCGACCAAUAUCUAUGGUAUGAAGGUGACAAGCGCCAUCUCUUUCCAAACUGGAUUAAGCCUGCAGAUUCUGAGCCGCCACCACUGCUUGUAUAUAAAUGGUGUCAAGGUAUAAACAAUUUGCAGGGUAUUUGGGACACAAGUGAUGGACAAUGUGUGGUUAUGCUUCAAACAAAGUUUGAGAAGUUCUUUGAAAAGAUUGACUUGACAAUGCUUAACAGGCUUCUUCGUUUGGUUCUUGAUCACAACAUUGCUGAUUAUGUCACUGCAAAGAACAAUGUUGUGUUGUCCUACAAAGAUAUGAGUCACACAAACUCAUAUGGUUUGAUACGUGGUCUACAGUUUGCAUCGUUUGUUGUACAGUAUUACGGACUUGUGCUUGAUCUCUUGCUUCUUGGAUUGACCCGGGCCAGCGAGAUUGCUGGUCCACCAAAUCAACCAAACGAAUUCAUCACAUAUUGGGAUACGAAAGUUGAGACAAGACACCCUAUAAGGCUAUAUUCUAGGUACAUUGACAGGGUGCAUAUAUUGUUCCGUUUCACUCAUGAAGAGGCCCGAGAUCUCAUUCAGCGGUAUCUUACUGAGCAUCCUGAUCCCAACAAUGAAAAUAUGGUUGGAUACCAGAACAAGAAAUGCUGGCCAAGAGAUGCAAGAAUGAGACUCAUGAAACAUGAUGUUAAUCUUGGGAGAAGUGUAUUCUGGGAUAUGAGGAAUCGUCUUCCCCGAAGCAUAACUACAUUGGAUUGGGAUAACAGCUUUGUUUCUGCUUACAGCAAGGACAAUCCAAACUUGCUUUUCAGCAUGUGUGGCUUUGAAGUUCGAAUACUUCCUAAAAUAAGGAUGACUCAGGAAGCAUUUAGCAAUACAAAGGAUGGAGUAUGGAAUUUGCAGAAUGAGCAGACAAAGGAACGGACUGCAGUUGCUUUCCUACGGGUUGACGAUGAACACAUGAAGGUGUUUGAAAACCGUGUGAGGCAGAUUCUUAUGUCUUCAGGAUCAACUACGUUCACAAAAAUUGUGAACAAAUGGAAUACAGCCCUGAUAGGUCUAAUGACUUAUUUCCGUGAAGCGACUGUGCAUACACAAGAGCUGUUAGAUUUGCUUGUUAAAUGUGAAAACAAAAUUCAAACUCGUAUCAAGAUUGGUUUGAACUCAAAAAUGCCUAGCCGAUUUCCUCCUGUUAUAUUCUAUACUCCCAAAGAAAUAGGAGGACUUGGAAUGCUUUCAAUGGGUCACAUAUUGAUCCCACAAAGUGACCUACGAUACAGCCAGCAAACGGAUGUUGGUGUAACCCAUUUCAGGAGUGGAAUGAGUCAUGAGGAGGACCAGCUGAUUCCAAAUCUUUAUCGCUACAUUCAGCCCUGGGAGAGUGAGUUCAUAGAUUCACAGCGUGUCUGGGCAGAGUAUGCUCUUAAGCGGCAGGAAGCACAGGCGCAAAACAGGCGUUUAACACUUGAAGAUUUGGAAGAUUCAUGGGAUAGGGGGAUUCCACGCAUUAAUACUUUAUUUCAGAAGGAUCGUCACACUCUAGCAUAUGACAAAGGAUGGAGAGUGCGUACAGAUUUCAAGCAAUAUCAGGUUCUAAAACAAAAUCCUUUCUGGUGGACACACCAGAGGCAUGAUGGGAAACUUUGGAACUUGAACAAUUACCGUACAGAUGUUAUCCAAGCUCUUGGUGGUGUUGAGGGAAUUCUUGAGCAUACGCUGUUUAAAGGAACAUAUUUUCCUACCUGGGAAGGUCUGUUUUGGGAGAAGGCAUCUGGUUUUGAAGAGUCAAUGAAGUACAAGAAGCUUACCAAUGCACAGAGAUCUGGUCUGAAUCAAAUUCCCAAUAGAAGGUUUACUCUUUGGUGGUCACCCACGAUAAAUCGUGCAAAUGUUUAUGUGGGUUUCCAGGUGCAGUUGGACUUAACUGGUAUCUUUAUGCAUGGAAAGAUUCCAACCUUAAAGAUCUCAUUGAUUCAGAUAUUCCGAGCCCACUUGUGGCAGAAGAUUCAUGAGAGUGUUGUUAUGGAUUUGUGUCAAGUCUUAGAUCAGGAGCUGGAUGCUCUGGAAAUUGAAACUGUGCAGAAAGAAACAAUCCAUCCAAGGAAGAGUUACAAGAUGAACAGCUCCUGCGCAGACGUUCUCUUGUUUGCUGCUCAUAGGUGGCCUAUGUCAAAGCCCAGUCUCGUAGCCGAGUCAAAAGAUUUGUUUGAUCAGAAGGCCAGCAAUAAAUACUGGAUAGAUGUACAACUUCGAUGGGGUGACUACGACUCUCACGAUAUUGAGCGUUAUACCCGUGCCAAGUUUAUGGAUUACACAACAGAUAACAUGUCUAUUUAUCCAUCUCCUACAGGGGUGAUGAUUGGUCUUGAUCUGGCAUACAAUUUGCACUCUGCAUUUGGCAACUGGUUCCCUGGAUCAAAGCCACUGCUAGCUCAGGCAAUGAAUAAGAUAAUGAAGUCGAACCCAGCUUUAUAUGUUUUGAGGGAGAGGAUAAGGAAAGGUUUGCAGUUGUAUUCUUCUGAGCCUACAGAACCAUAUUUGUCAUCUCAGAACUAUGGCGAGAUCUUUAGCAAUCAGAUCAUUUGGUUUGUUGACGACACCAAUGUGUAUCGUGUCACGAUUCACAAGACAUUCGAGGGAAACCUUACCACAAAACCUAUCAAUGGUGCAAUUUUUAUUUUUAAUCCUAGGACUGGUCAGCUGUUUCUGAAGGUCAUCCACACUAGUGUAUGGGCAGGACAGAAGCGUCUUGGUCAACUAGCUAAGUGGAAGACUGCGGAAGAAGUUGCUGCUCUUGUGCGUUCUCUACCUGUUGAAGAGCAACCGAAACAGAUUAUCGUGACUCGUAAAGGAAUGCUUGAUCCGUUGGAGGUUCACUUACUUGAUUUCCCAAAUAUAGUUAUUAAAGGAAGUGAGUUGCAGUUGCCAUUCCAGGCGUGCUUGAAGAUAGAGAAAUUUGGUGAUUUGAUAUUGAAGGCAACAGAGCCACAAAUGGUGUUGUUCAACAUUUAUGAUGACUGGCUGAAGAGUAUCUCAUCAUACACUGCAUUUUCUCGACUCAUUUUGAUUCUCCGUGCCCUUCAUGUGAACAAUGAGAAGGCAAAAAUGCUUUUAAAGCCUGACAAAACCAUAAUCACUGAGCAACACCACAUCUGGCCUUCUCUGAAUGAUGAUCAAUGGAUGAAGGUUGAGGUUGCUUUAAGAGAUCUCAUUCUUUCUGAUUAUGCCAAGAAGAACAAUGUCAAUACAUCAGCCCUGACACAAUCUGAAAUUCGUGAUAUUAUUCUUGGAGCUGAGAUCACGCCUCCAUCUCAACAAAGGCAACAGAUAGCAGAAAUUGAGAAGCAGGCUAAAGAAUCAAAUCAACUGACAGCUGUCACGACAAGAACUACGAAUGUGCAUGGUGAUGAACUGAUUGUGACAACUACAAGUCCCUAUGAACAGGCUGCCUUUGGCUCUAAAACGGAUUGGCGUGUGAGAGCAAUCUCAGCCACAAAUCUGUACCUUAGGGUUAAUCAUAUAUAUGUCAAUUCAGAGGAUAUCAAAGAAACUGGAUAUACAUAUAUCAUGCCCAAAAACAUCUUGAAGAAAUUUAUCUGCAUAGCAGAUUUACGAACACAAAUUGCUGGGUACUUGUAUGGUAUAAGUCCCCCAGAUAACCCUCAGGUUAAGGAAAUCCGCUGUAUUGUCAUGCCGCCACAGUGGGGGACACAUCAACAAGUUAAUCUUCCAUCAGCCUUGCCGGAACAUGAUUUCCUUGGUGAUUUGGAGCCUCUGGGAUGGAUGCAUACCCAACCAAAUGAGCUUCCUCAGUUGUCCCCACAGGAUCUUACUUCUCAUGCUCGGAUUUUGGAGAACAACAAGCAGUGGGAUGGUGAGAAGUGUAUCAUCUUGACCUGCAGUUUCACUCCUGGAUCAUGCUCGCUAACUGCAUAUAAGCUUACCCCAAGUGGAUAUGAAUGGGGACGUGUCAACAAGGACACUGGAAGCAAUCCUCAUGGUUACUUACCAACUCAUUAUGAGAAGGUCCAGAUGCUGUUGAGUGACCGCUUCCUUGGUUUCUACAUGGUUGCGGAUAAUGGCCCAUGGAACUAUAACUUCAUGGGAGUAAAGCAUCAAACAAGCAUGAAGUACGGAAUCAAGCUGGGCCCACCUCGGGAGUACUAUCACGAGGACCAUAGACCAACUCAUUAUUUGGAGUUCAGCAACUUGGAGGAAGGUGAUAUUGCUGAGGGCGACCGUGAAGAUACAUUCACUUGAAAGAAGUGAAUCGAAGUUCUAAUUUUAUGCCUCGAGUUCUAACUGAUUGCAACUUUUAGUUGGUAGUUUUGAUCUAUCAUAUCCGUGGGAGAAAAAUACAGUGUUGUAGUAGUGCUUGUACACUACAUAUCCAGAUUACUUUUGUAUAUCAGCCGCCGUAGUGUAUUCUUGAUGAGCUGUAAAUAUAUGUUUUGUAGCAAUGGAAGUUCAAGCCUAGCAACUUAAA